GGAAGGGCGGCGGGAUGCGGCUGUCGGUGGCGGCCGCCAUCUCGCACGGCCGCGUGUACCGGCGGCUCGGGUCCGGCCCGAAGGGGCGCCUGGACCUGCUGCGCAACCUGGUGACGGCGCUGGUGCGCCAUGAGCAAUCGAAGACGCCCCGGGCGCGGGCGACGAGAAUGCGCGGCUACGCGACUCAUCGACUUACCCAAGCGGGGGACACGGACGAGCGCGCCAUGCGCAUGGCGAACUUCUGGCUGACGGAGAAGGACCUCAUCCACAAGCUGUUCAAGGUGCUGGCGCCGCGGUUCCAGCCGCACCCCGGGAGCUACACGCGCAUGCUGCAGAUCCCCAACCGGGACGCGCUGGACCGCGCGAAGAUGGCGGUGAUCGAGCUGAAGGGGAACCCGCUGCCGCCGCUCGUCCGCCCGCGCCGCGACUCCGAGAAGACGCUGCUCAACCAGCUGCUCAAGGGCUACCGGGAGGACCUGCAAAGGGCGGCGGCCCCGCCGGGCACCCCUGUCUAGGGGUCCCCCCGUGCCCCGAGGGGCUGUCCUGGAGCACGGGAAUGGAAGGUGUGUGUGUCGGGAGGGCUGGAGGUUGGUCGCUAACCUGAGGUUGCCAUGGGAGGCGCGCACAGUUUACUUGCUUCUUCCCGUGGUUUGAAUAGAGACUCGGCAAGAGGAGGAAAUCAAGCUGGGAGCCCUGGUGGUUGAUGUUCUCUGUGUAAAUAAACUUUGUUCAGAAACUUCA